AUGUCUCAAAAAAAAAAAGCUUCUCACCCAGCCAUCAACCUGAUAGCUGGUGGGACCGCAGGUCUAUUUGAAGCGUUAUGUUGCCAUCCUUUAGAUACAAUUAAGGUGAGAAUGCAAAUAUACAGACGGGUGGCCGGUAUUGAGCAUGUGAAACCCCCGGGAUUCAUUAAAACUGGGAGCACCAUUUAUCAAAAGGAAGGUUUCUUGGCUCUGUAUAAAGGUCUAGGUGCUGUGGUCAUUGGCAUUAUACCUAAGAUGGCUAUCCGUUUCUCGUCUUAUGAAUUUUAUAGGACGUUAUUGGUUAAUAAGGAAACUGGAAUCGUCUCUACAGGUAAUACUUUUGUUGCUGGUGUUGGGGCUGGUAUCACCGAAGCUGUUCUUGUGGUGAACCCGAUGGAAGUGGUAAAAAUUAGGCUGCAAGCUCAGCAUUUAACUCCGAGUGAACCAAACGUUGGUCCUAGGUACAAUAAUGCCAUUCAUGCCGCCUACACUAUUGUCAAGGAGGAAGGGGUUUCCGCUCUGUACAGAGGUGUCUCCUUGACCGCAGCAAGACAAGCGACAAACCAGGGUGCUAACUUCACAGUUUAUUCCAAACUAAAGGAGUUUUUGCAAAAUUAUCAUCACAUGGAUGUCUUACCUUCAUGGGAAACCUCCUGCAUAGGUUUGAUUUCAGGUGCAAUUGGGCCGUUCUCCAACGCUCCCUUGGAUACUAUCAAGACAAGAUUGCAGAAAGAUAAGUCGACCUCAUUGAUAAAACAAUCCGGUAUGAAGAAAAUCAUAACGAUCGGUACUCAACUACUGAAAGAGGAAGGCUUCAGAGCAUUGUAUAAAGGUAUUACUCCAAGAGUGAUGAGAGUGGCACCCGGGCAGGCUGUUACCUUUACAGUUUAUGAAUAUGUUAGAGAGCAUUUGGAGAAUUUGGGCAUGUUCAAGAAGAGCGAUGCGCCAAAGCCAAAACCAUUACGGUAG